UCAAACAUGAAGCUGCUGCUGACUGUGUGCCUGACCUGGACUCUGUUCUACACAGCCCGAUCACUGAGCUGCCACGUGUGUUCAGACCGACAGUGCAGCAACACGACGACCGUUCAGUGUCCUGACUCCAGCACAAUGUGCACCACUGUCACAUCAGUGAUAAGCAACGGGUUAUCAGUGAGUCUGGAAAUCAAUAAAAACUGUUCGUCACUCACGUCCUGCACCACUCCUCUCUCCACUGUGGUGGAAUUGUCAGUGAACCUGGGUUACUCACGAUAUUCCUACACUCAGAUUUGCUGCGAUACUGACAACUGCAACUUUCAGACACUGGCCAUUCCCAGUGUUUUUCCGAAUGGGAAGGUGUGUCCUGCUUGUGCCAGCGCUAACCACAGCUUGGCCGGGACCUGCAACACCACAAUGAAAUGUAUGGGAGCCGAGAACAGCUGCUUCACCAGCAACUCUACAUCCGACUCCUCAAAGAAGGUGGAACUCGGCUGUAUGACCAAAAACCUGUGCACCAUCCAGGCUGCAAUCUCAUCUUUGUUUGCUGAUAAUCCCAAGGUCACGUGUGGCGCCCCAUGGAGCGUCCGGAUCGGCGCUGUUCUGCCAGCGUUGGCUCUUACGGUUUAUAAGGUCCUCGUUUAGCUCACACAGACACAGUAUGAACACACGUGCAGGCAGGAGCAGCCGCCACACAGCGUCUGUGCAAACACAACAUGCCCGAUGUACAGUCUGCAUGAUACUGUAUGUGAUCUAUAAUAGAUAGAUAGAUAGAUAGAUAGAUAGAACAAUGUAAUUUAAAUUAAAUUAAAUUAAAUUAAAUUAAAUUAAAUUAAAUUAAAUUAAAUUAAAUUAAAGACAUUGCAAUACACAAUGAGCCAAAACUAUAAUAUACAUUUAAACAAUAGAUAGAUAAGAUAAGAAGCAGUGGGUUUUAAGGUGCAAAGAUAAAUAUAUAUGGUGCAGUUUAUAUGUAAAUAAAAAGAAACACUGACAUACACGCAGAUAAAAUCAUACACAUGCAUAACAGUCAUGCAGGCAUACACUGUAGAACAGGCGCGCAUACGCGCACACACACACACACUGGUUUUCAUCACUUCAGAGGACAUUACAUUGACCCUAACAUUCUAACCCUAACUUCAGCCUAACUUUAAAACAUGUCUUUAAAAUCUAGUCAUUUACAUUAUGGGAACUUGAUUUGUGUCCCCAUAACGAAGACAAGUCCCCAUAAUGUGACUGUGUAAACAGAUGUAGGUCCCCACAACAUAAGGAAUACCAGGUACACACACACACACACGUCAUUAACUCUAUGCUAGUCCUUGAAAUAUUGUCUUCAAAUGUAAUUGUAAUUAAAAUCUUUCACUGUGUAAACAGGCAAACAUGAGUAUAGUUUAUACACACACACACAUACACACACACACACACAAUGGCCAUAAUGAAAGGCUUGUGUAUGUGUGAAAUCCACCACCAUGAUUAAGUCAGUUUUUGCUGUGCAGCUGAGUGACUUGUGAGACACUGUAUUCUGAAUAAAAAAUGUAUUUCUUUUUUCUUCUUUACAUUCAUUUGCUUCUUCCUUGUUUGCCA